AUUCUAUGACUCUAUGAUUACUAUGAUUCAGAAAAGUGUUUUGAGUUUUGGAAGUGUUCUGAAUUACAUGGACCUCGUGAUACUUCUGCCAUGUGUUCCGAGUUACCUUUCCUUGCAGCCUCACAGUUAAUUGCUGCUCAAUUCCUGAAGCUUUACUGUGCAAACCGAAAGGACAAUCGCUAAAAGGAGCUGAAAUAACGUGUGUAGAAAAAAGAUGCCUCUGCUUGCAUGCCUGCCCUUGCACCAAAACAAGGGAUCUUAGCUUCUGUCGGUGGGGAUUUCAUUUCAUGUGCAUAGAUUUGGUCUUUGCAAAGGCCCGGAUGGACUCAUUGAGCAUAAAGUCAACAUUUCAGCUUCUGACUUAAGAAUUGCAAAUUUUCAUCUCUUUUGGCUUCUUAGCAUCAGAGCAUAGACAUGUGCUUGCCUUAGGGAUAACAAAACCAGAUUUCUGUGUGUGUGACAUGCUUAAUUAAAGAGAAGGUAUGAGAUGAAAAGUAAUUUGUAACAUCUGUCCCAACAAAAGAUGUUCUUGUACAGGGCCACAAUGGGUGUUAGCAGUGUGCGGUGUCAAGAAGUAGGAACAGAACGGACCGUUGUGUUGUUACCAGGUGGCCUGGAUCCAGGAUUUCCCCCUGCACAGGGCAGGCGAUGGGCUCCGUGUCGCAGCACCCUGCAUUGCUGUGCCCUGUGCCGCCAGACCAGCACAGCAGUUGCUGUAGUGCGGUGUUGAGCUGGGGAGUAUUUCAGCAAGCAGCAAGAAACUGAGUUGUAGGAGAUGUCCUGAAAGCUCUGCACAGCACGGAGGAAAGAGCAAAGCAGGAAGGUCGUGAGCACUGCAGCCUUCACUGCAGCCAAGGGUGGAAGAAAUGUUACGCAGCUGUAGUUCAGGUGCAGCUUGUCACCCUCGCUCCACGAGGUGACGGUGCCCCUUCUGGGAAGGACAGAAGGCAGCAAUGCUCGGCUCCGGCCCAUGGUGAGCAGCGUGGUGGUGGCACCUGGCUAACAAACGUCCAGCAGUGGCUCUGCUUGGCUGCUUGUACCUCGUCCUUCUGACAUGAGCUCUGUCUGUGUUCCUGGGCACACAAAGCAUCCUCUUGAGCGUCUCUUCUGCUUCAGGAAAAUGGAUGAUGAUGAUGACGACGUUCCCCAGCUUUCAUCCCAUACGUUGGCUGCCCUCCAGGAGUUCUAUUUGGAACAGCAGCAGAGAGAGGGCAUGAAGACCUCCCAAGGGUUUAAUCAAUAUUCUGUUGGCUCAAUAGAAGAAGACUGGCAACUGAGCCAGUUUUGGUACAGUGAUGAGACGGCAGCAUGCCUGGCUAAUGAAGCGAUUGUGGCAGCAGGAAAAGGUGGCAGGAUAGCCUGUGUCAGUGCGCCAAGUGUGUACCAGAAGCUGAGAGAACAGGGUGGCACAGAUUUUUCCGUGUGUAUCCUGGAGUAUGACAGAAGGUUUUCUGUGUAUGGAGAAGAAUUUAUCUUCUAUGAUUACAACGACCCUUUGAACUUACCUGGACAUCUCCUGCCGCACAGUUUUGACAUUGUAGUAGCAGAUCCACCCUAUCUGUCCGAGGAGUGUCUUCAAAAAACUGCACAGACCAUCAAAUACUUAACAAAAGGAAAGAUUCUGCUUUGCACAGGUGCAAUCAUGGAGGAACAGGCAGCAAAGCAUCUUGGUGUGAAGAUGUGCAAGUUCAUUCCAAAACACUCUCGAAAUUUAGCUAAUGAAUUUCGAUGUUAUGUUAACUACGCUUCUGGGCUGGACUGAUCCUUGGGAGAAGAUCUGUAACUUCCUCAGAAGAUCCGUAACUUUCGCAAUCAAGUUACUUUGUAUUUUUUUCCCAGAGACUCCGCAAUGUUCCACUCCAAGCAGUACUUUCUGGGCUAGAAUUAAUCAACACAGAAGGACAGUGUUUCUCUUUUAAACCUGUGACCAUUUGCAAGUGUUACUUGCUUUACUUGUUAGGUAAGUGGGGGCAUAAACAGUGCAGGUUGUGCAAAAUGGGAGCUUCUUUGUUCGAGUUCCAUUCCAACCAGUAGUUUUUGCCAUCAUAGUACUUUUCAGUGACCUCUCUGAAGUGAUUUUAGCUGGUUGGCCUCUAACACCGUGUUGGUGUCUGCCUCACUGGCAUCAGAACCAUCAGCUAUGUCAGAACUGAUGACUUGGUAGCUGACAGUAGAGAAAACAUGAAUAUUGGUCUCACCUUUGAGAGCUGUUCUGAACAUGAUGUGUCCAGAUUCAUUAUCCAGCAGGCUGAUAUUUUUAUACAGAAUAACUAAAGAGAAAACACAUCUCCUUCUGACUGGGUCUCUCCAUUUGCUUUUUAUAAUAAUAAAAGAUUUGCCAACUAAGAUAAGACCUGUAUCUAUAAUUGCCUCCAGAGUGGCUUAAAAAAAAAAACAAUGGAGUGGUUGUUUUAUCUUUAAUAAAGGUUUUUCAUAAACCCA